CACCCGCAGUCUCUCCCAGGGACAACACCGGGCUGUGAAAACAUCCUGCCUGCCUCAAAAUCGCAGAUGAGCUGCGGCGGCGGCGGGAGCCAGAGACGACGCCGUCCCCUCUGGCGGGUGACCGACCGACCGACUGCCCGGUGCUAACCGGUGGUAUGGAUGCGCGGACCCCGAGCGAAGCCGCAUUCCCCAAAUGGCGGAGUGAGUGAGGAUGCGACUCCCCAGUUCCAUAUUUGUGUCGGUGUCUCUGUUCACGGCCGAGACCACGGCAGCGCUCUACCUCAGCUCCACGUACCGCUCAGCUGGAGACCAAAUCUGGCAAGGGCUCACGCUCCUCUUCACGCUCGUACCGUCCGUGCUCGUGCAGCUGACCCUCACCUUCAUCCACCGGGACCUGAGCAGAGACAGACCGCUCAUCCUGCUGCUGCACAUCCUGCAGCUCGGACCCAUCGUCAGGUGUCUGGAGGCGUUCUGUAUCUAUGGCAGUGUGGGCCGAGUGGAGGAGCCGUAUGUCAGCAUCACCAGGAAGAAGCAGAUGCCUCGCGGGGGUCAGUCUGAGGAGGUGGAACGGCAGGUGGGGCAGGCGGAGGGGAAACUGUUUACUCACCGAGCAGCCUUCGCCCGCACCUCUGUCAUUCAGGCCUUCCUGGGAUCUGCCCCCCAGCUCACCCUGCAGCUUUACAUCUGCGUCCUGCAGCAAGGGGUGUCCAUCGGAAGAGGCACACUGAUGGUGAUCUCCCUCCUGUCCAUCGUGUACGGAGCGCUGCGCUGCAACAUCCUGGCCAUUAAGAUCAAAUAUGACGACUAUGAAGUGGACGUCCGGCCCGUGGCUUACCUGUGCAUCUUCCUGUGGAGGAGCUUUGAGAUCGCCACCCGUGUGGUGGUUUUGGUUCUGUUCAGCUCUGUGCUGCAGCUCUGGGUCCUGCCUGUUGUCCUGCUUAACUUCCUGGUUUUCUUCCUCUACCCGUGGAUCCUGUUCUGGCAGAGCCAUUCACCAUUCCCCGAGAACAUAGAAAAAACUCUGACCAGGGUGGGAACCACCAUCGUGCUCUGCCUGCUCACCUUCCUCUACGCCGGCAUCAACAUGUUCUGCUGGUCGGCCGUGCAGGUGAAACUAAACGACCCAGACCUCAUCAACAAGUCCCAGAACUGGUAUCGCAUGGCCGUGUACUACAUGUUGCGCUUUGUGGAGAACGCCUCACUGCUCCUGCUCUGGUACAUCCACAAAACUGACUUCUACAACUUCAUCUGCGCCCCACUGCUGGUGCUGCAGCUGCUGGUCGCCUACGCCAUCGCCAUCUUCUUCAUGCUGGUCUUCUACCAGUUCUGUCAUCCAUGUCGGAGGCUCUUCUCCUCCAGCAUGACCCACAACCUGUGGAACUGCUCCUCCCUGCUCUGUCUCAUGUGCAACUCUGCUUCACCACAGAACAGGCCGAUGGGGAAGUCGCCCAGCCCGACCACGCGCAUAGAGCCGGCUGAUGACGGGGCCCACGACUCAGCCAGCGACACCACAGAGGACAUGCCUAAUGAAACAACAUACGACAUGCUCAACGACACAAUCUGUGAAACUCCUAAUGAAAUGGGCAAUAAUAUAUGUGGUGGAAUCAAUGGUGACAUUAACCACAGUGUAUCCUGCAACGCUUAAAGCAUCACGUGCCAUCCAGAGGAGCGACUGUUAUCACACCCUCUGUGACCUUUUAAGUGCCACAUGAGUUUACACUUUGAAUCCUUUCAUAUAUCCAUCUCAACUCUGUUUUCUACCACUCUGUUCCUCCUACGUGAAGCAAAUGUGUCCUUAACUGGAGAUGUAUUCUGGCUGCAGAGGUGGUGCUCACCUGAGUCAUCAGCCAACAUCCUGAGCCCAUCAUCCUGCAGGCUUUAAUACAAAUAUAAAAACACGGACAUCACCACUGCGUCUUUAGUUCUGGAGACUGUGUCCACUAAUAUGCUGCAUUACUGAUCACAAGGCGCCAUGCGUUUGAAUUGAUUGUAUUUAGUAUCUGUUUGGCAUGGAGGUGUGCAUGUGUGGAGCCUCAGAUGACUUCCUGCAGGGGUGAGGGGGGUUUGUUUUGUACAGGGUUUUUUCUGAACCCCCCCAUCUAGUUUUAUGGCUGCAAGCAAUCAGCUUUUUUUACUCCUUGAUAAGAGCUUUAUCAUAAAUACGCGCUGCUUCUGUGAUGUGUUUGUGCUUGACGAUGAGAUAUGAAUCUCCACACAUUGUUUAAUAAAAAGAGCCCGUUUGAUCACCAAACAUGUUACCUGUAAAACACGGACAUCUCCAACGUUUUUGCACGUUUACAAAAAAAAAGGAUUUAAGUGGCUUUGGUUCAGCUGUUGAGCACUGUAUGAUGUAUUUGCUAAUUUCUAAUUCAUGCUUGUCACGUCUGUCAGCUCUGCGUCUGUGUGUCUCAUUAGUUAGGAUAUUUACACCGUGUGCACACUAAAUUAUAUCUAACUGAAAAACUGGAACUGUAACAAGUAUUUUUGCUUAUUCUCAACCUUUAAUGCGUAACAGUGUGUGUGAGAGAGAAUGUCAGUGUUGUCUGUUUUGCACCUGCUCCUUUUUGCAAUGUAUCUGCAGAGGGAUGAAAACCUCGGGUAUCAAAUGAAUGCUCCUAAUGUUUGUACAAAUGAGAUAAGCCAAAAAAAAAUGGAAAAUCUAUUGUACACAUCGAACAUUCUCGUACAGAGCAAGAUAAGAGUAAUAUAAGAUAAAAUCCUAAUUAAAAAUCAAAAUAAAUUUAUAUUUAUAUGUGAAAA